AUGUCUGACGAGAAACUAACAGAUUCUUCUUCAAUAGGAGUAGACAGUGAUGAAGAUUAUUUCCUGCCUUGUCCAAAAAUCUCAUUUAAUCAUGAUAUUUUUAAUACUUUACAGCAAUACGAAGAAGAAUUAAAAAAGAAUCUCGAUAGUUUAGGGCAAUCACCACACUCAAGUGAAAGUUCCAAAGUGGCAUCCAAUAUUAACUCUAUAUUAUCAUUUGAAGACUCAAAAACAGAAUUUUCUAAAACCGAAUCUAGAGAUAAUUUUUAUUCAACGGGUGGCUCACUAGAUAAGCGUUUUAUAUCAAGUGAUCAAGAUCACAAAUCAUAUGAAUACGAAUAUAUUUCAUAUUACGAUGAAGAAGAUGAUAAUGAGCCAGAAGUAGAAAUUGGUGGCAAAGAAAAGAUACCUACAGAAGUAAAGAAGUUCGCAAAUUACAAUUUUAUGAAUACCUUGACAUCUAUAGAUGAUGAUAAAAUUGAAAAUGAGAAAUCUCAAGAAUCAUCAACACUUCCUGAUGGUAUGGGUGUUGCUGAAGGUAGUAUUGUACGAGGAAAUACAAAAUCUGAUAAAAUUACAACUAGCGAUAUUUUGAGUGACAUUUCUGAUUCACCGGUAGAACACGUUCAAUUAAAACAUCUUUCUGAUGAAGGAGCUGGUCAAAAUCAAAAGAGUAGUCAUACUUCUGAAGAAAAUACUCCGGAUCUCGCGAUUCUCGGUGCAGAUUUAUCAGGUUCCGAUAAAAACGGCUCUGAUAAUGAAGAUGAAGACUCUUUCAAUUCGACAAAAGCUUCACUAGAUAAGCCAAUAAAUAAAAGUUCUCCAAAUGAAAAAGUGUCAGAUUCUCCAAGCAAAGGCAACUCAAUCUUAUCAUCUCCGUUCGGAUCACCAUCGAAGCAAGAAAGCACAUUUGUAUCCCAUACUCUUGAAGAUAUCCCUGAAGAACCUGAAGAUGAAUUUAUUUCUCCAAAAGCAAGCGAGGUCAUAUCUGGCUUGAUUGAUGGCAAAAGUACUGAAGAAGAUUCAAACAUGGAUCUAGAAAAGAACCAAAGUGGAACAUUUAACUCUUUUAUUUCAAUUAAAAAUCUUAAGAGUGUUCCGAAUUCAAUUAUAUCAGCUGAUUUCGUUAGUGAGCUUAAUGAAUCAAAGAAUGAUGAUAAAGAUAGUAUAUUAUCAUCAUUUACUUCAGCUGCUCAAUCACCAAAUAAAGUCGAAACUCCAGGAGACUCUGAUUUUAAUAGUGUUAUUUCAGCAAAGAAUGAAGUAGUUUCUGAAUUUAAUCAAACAGUUUCAUCAAUUAAUGAUAAAAACAAAAUAUUUGAUUCUGAAGAUUUUGAUGACUCAGCUUCCAGUGGUUCACAUAAAUCAGAAAAGAAAUCACAGCAAAGUUCGGACUUCAUUUCAGAGAUUAAAUCAGAAGAAAAAUCAUUUGGAAGUUCAAGCUUUAUUUCUACAACAAAAUCUACUAAAAACGGAAAUGAAAAUUCCAUAUCAGAGAUACAUUCUGGUAUUGCAAUAAAUGAAGAUUCUGAUAAUUUUAUUAGCGAUCCAAAAUCAUCCAAAGUCAUUUCAGAAGGUGGAUCUUCAGAUUUCAUUAGUUUCAGCAAAUCAAGUGUUGCUCAACAUGCAAAUAGUGAUUCUGGAUUCAUUUCAUUUAUUUCUUCAAAGAGCAGCAAAAAGAUUAAACAAGAUGGAUCAUCUGAUUUUAUUUCAACAAUUAAAUCUGAGAAGAAUGCAUUGUCAUCUAGUGAGUUUAUAACAGAUGAUACUUUUGGAUCGAAAUCACCAUCCGGAAAUUCAGAUUUUAUAUCUGUAAUUAGCACCGAGAGAAAGAAAGAAGAUACCGAUGAUGAUUUCAUCUCUACAAUCAAGUCUGAAAAAGAAUCAAGUUCAAAUGAUUUUGUUUCAACAAUAAAAUCGGAAAAAGAACAAGUUUCUAGUUCAAGUGGCUUCAUUACUACAAUAAGUUCAGAAAAGAAAGAGAAAUCAGAGUCUGAUGACUUUGUUUCCACAAUCAAAUCUGAAAAACAAAAAAGUGAUGGUUCAAGUGACUUUGUAUCAGUGAUUACAUCAAAUCGCGGUGAUUCUAGUGAUUUUGUAUCAACAAUCAAAUCAGAAGAACAAAAAGUUUCUGAAUCUGAUGAUUUUAUUUCAACAAUGAAAACAGAACCUUUAAGGAAAUCAGAAUCAAGUGCCUAUAUAUCAUUUGUCAAAUCUGAGAAAGCAAGUUCAACUGAUUCUGAUGAUUUUGUAUCAACAAUCAAAUCAGAAAAGAAAUCCACUAAUUCUAGUGAUUUUGUUUCUACAAUUAAGUCAGAAAAUAAGUCAAGUGAAUCAGAUGAUUUCAUAUCUACAAUUAAAUCGGAGAAACAGCAAUCUGAAUCUGAUGAUUUUGUUUCUACAAUUAAAUCAGAGAAAAAGACUGAUACAGAAUCAUCCGAUGCAUUUGUCUCAACCAUCAAAUCCGAAAAGCAGUCUGCUGUUACUUCAAGUGAAUUUAUUUCGGUAUUGAGUUCUGAAAAGAGAAAUGUCUCAGGAUCGAGUGAAUUUAUAUCAACAAUUACAACAAAAGAGGCGUCAGAAAAAGCUUCUGAUAGCGAUGACUUUGUUUCUACCAUUAAAUCUGAAAUUCAUAAAGAUUCAGCAAUUGAUGAAUUCAUUUCUACAAUUAAAUCAGAGAAAGAUGUUGAAUCGAGCUCAGAUGAAUUCAUUUCAACAAUAAAAUCAAAUCACUCUGUUGAAUCUUCUGAUGAUAUUGUUGAAACUAUAUCAGAAAUCCAGUCUCAAAAGGAAACAAGUGAUGAUUUUGAAUCAACAAUUAAAUCAGUUCGCGAAAAUGCUGAUAAAAGCUCUGCAAAAUCAGAAAAUAAUGAUUCAUUACCAGAUGACUUCAUUUCAACAAUUAAAUCAGUUGAAACAGCCAAAUCUGAUGCGGAAAGCUCUGUUACAAGUAUCAAAUCUAUUCCUUCAGAAAGCUCUCAACGAUCAAGAAGAAGAAAGCGUAAAUCCAGCUCAUCUACAAGCAAAUCCCAAGUUUCUAUUAACAGAAAAUCUGAACCUACCGAAAAAUCUAUUGACGACGAUUUCAUUUCAUUUUCAAACUCAAAAGCUACUGUUCAAUCACCAGAGAAGCAAGCAGAAAAUGAAUCAUCGGAUAAUGAUAAUUUCAUUUUCCAAAGCCCUGCACCAAAACAAGCAAAAAGCCGUUUGAAUCCAGAAAAAACUGCCAAAGAUAACAAAAAUACAAAAGAGGAUAAGCCUGUAAAAAGUGACGGACCAGGUGAACUCGGAAAUCUCCAAAAUCUUACUGCAAACUUGCAAGCAAGCAAUCUCAGUAAUGAGACUGUUUUGCAACUGAUCACUACUUUAUCCAAAAUCGCCGAUCAAAACAAGAGUAGUCCUGAUCAUCACCAUCAUCGACACCGACAUCAUCAUCACAGAUCAUUAAACACAGAUGAGAUCCCUUGUAUUCCAACAGUGUUCAAGAAAUACUCAUCUGCUUCGAACACUGACCAAUCUUCGUCAUCUGCCGAACCUAUUCCACAGAAAAGAUCAAGAACCAAACUUUCAAUGUCAAUCCCACAUGACACAAAUGACUUCCUAGAUUUAGAGGAGAUAUCACCGACAAGUAUCAGCGCUAGUGAUAUUCCUCAAAAUGACGAAAUUCCGAAACCAACAUUCAUUUCAUUCAGAGAAGAUGAGAAAGACAAGAAAGUUCGUCUUAGUCUUUCAAGAACCAAACAAAUUGGAGACAUUCCUCCGCAAAAUGAAAGAUCUCCAUUAAAAGUUUCGCAGAACACAAUGAAUUCUCCAUCAAUUAAAUUGUCUCCUAUUAAGUCUAAGCAGAGUCCGACCAUCACUCGCUUUUCAUCAUCACAAUACACUACUUCCGCUUAUCCAUCCUAUGGAGCGUAUCCUAUUGAUGAAAACUUCAUAUCUACUAUCAGAACAGCUAGAGUACAGCUUGCUUCUAUACAAAACUCUAUCUCAAUCUCAAGACAAAAGAGGGCAAUGCACGAAUCUCGUGUUUCCUCAUUUAAGUACACGAAAAAUCCAUACAACGAGUAG